AUAUAACCACCAACAUAUUCUUAGGAUAAAAAAAAACAGUAAUAAUGGAUAUGAAACCUAUUGCUGGCAUGUGUUUCUUCUUGAUUAUUUUCUUAGCUACUCAAGAACAAGUGGUGCAAAUUGAGGCAUAUUGUGAGGAACAAAGUCGUAUUUUCAUUGAUGAAUGCAAUGAUCCAAUUGGUGACAAACUAUGUUCCAUUAUUUGCAUUAGAAAAGAAAAUUCAAUUGGUGGCUCCUGCCAAAAUCUAAGAUGCAUUUGUGCCAUUGCCUGUUGAAGUGUGUCUAGUAUUAGAGUUAUAUUAUAGAGAUAAAUAAAUAAAUUACCUAGUUAUUAUUUGUUCAUGUAUUGCUUCAUCAAUGUCCAUGAAAUAAAUCAUGAAUUGAUAUUGAUUA